UUAUCUAUGCUGGCUAAGUUUAAGAGGUGACUCAUGGAAAGGCCCUUCCUGUGCAGUCAGAUAGCAGUCGCCAUCCCAAGUUCCCUUUACUCUGGGAAAAGUAAGCGCUCAGCAGCUUGUCCAAUGUACUUCACUACUUCAUUUCUGCUGGACCAGACAGGAUUUGUUGGUGAUCGUCAGACCUGGAGCCUUCGAUUCCAUCUCUGUGCUCUUGACUGAGCAAUGGAGUCUUUUGCUGCUGACACCAAUUCAACUGACCUACACUCACGGCCCCUGUUUCAACCCCAAGACAUUGCCUCUAUGGUCAUUCUGGGUCUCACUUGUUUAUUGGGACUGCCCGGCAACGGGCUGGUCCUGUGGGUAGCUGGCCUAAAGAUGAAGUCGACCGUGAACACAGCCUGGUUCCUCCAUCUCACCCUGGCCGAUUUCCUCUGCUGCCUCUCCUUACCCUUCUCCCUGGCCCACCUGAUUCUCCGAGGACACUGGCCCUAUGGAUUGUUCCUGUGCAAACUUAUCCCAUCCAUCAUUAUCCUCAACAUGUUUGCCAGUGUCUUCCUGCUUACUGCCAUUAGCCUGGACCGCUGUCUGAUAGUACAUAAGCCAAUCUGGUGCCAGAAUCACCGGAGCGUGAGAACAGCUUUCGCCAUCUGUGGCUGUGUCUGGGUGCUGGCCUUUGUGAUGUGUGUGCCUGUAUUUGUAUACCGUGAUCUGUUCGUUAUGGACAAUCACAGUAUAUGUGGCUAUAACUUUGAUUCCUCCAGGUCAUAUGAUUAUUGGGACUACCCGUACAACCUAAAUCUACCUGAAAGCAAUUCUACUGGUAACUCCACUGGACAUAUGGGUGACAGGUCAGCCCCUUCCUCUCUACAGGCAGGGGAUCACCUUUGGACAGCUACGACUACCCUCCAGGCACAGACAUUCCAAACACCUCCUGAAGACUCAUUCGCUCGAGAUUCAGCAAGUCAACAACCCCAUGAUGGUGGAAAGCCGCCUAAUGUGCUCACAGCCGCCAUACCCAGUGGGUUUCCUGUGGAACAUGGUAACUCCAGUACACUGAGUGCCGAUGCUUUUCUCUCUGCUCGCAUAGGGCUUUCCCCUACUGCUUCUAGUGAUCAUUUAUACCCCUACGAUUUCCAGGAUGAUUAUUUUGACCAAUUCACGUAUGACAAUCACGUGCCGACACCACUGAUGGCAAUAACCAUCACAAGGCUGGUGGUGGGCUUCCUGGUACCAUUUUUCAUCAUGGUAACUUGUUACAGCCUCAUCGUCUUCAGAAUGGGAAAAACCAACUUCACCAAGUCUCGGAACAAAACCUUUCGGGUGGCCAUGGUGGUGGUCACUGUCUUUUUUAUCUGCUGGACUCCAUACCAUAUUGUCGGAGUCCUGUUAUUGAUUACUGAUCCAGAAAGUUCCCUGAGGGAAGCUGUGAUAUCCUGGGACCACAUGUCCAUUGCUUUAGCAUCUGCCAAUAGCUGCUUCAACCCUUUUCUUUAUGCCCUCUUGGGGAAAGACUUUAGGAAGAAAGCAAGACAGUCCAUAAAGGGUAUUCUGGAAGCAGCCUUCAGCGAAGAGCUCACACACUCUACCAGCUGUACCCAGGACAAAGCCGCUUCAAAAAGAAACAAUAUGAGUACAGAUGUGUGAAGGUGCUGGAGACCUAAGCAGAUGUUCUCAGGUGAACUCUGGUGAUGGAUGACAUGUGAGCGGAACACUUUAGACAAUCUGGCAACUCUAGGAGAAAAGUCUCUUAUUGACAUCAGCAUCAUUUGAAAACAUUAAAGAUGCAAAAUUUCAAGCCCCGUCCCGUAUGUGUUGACUCAGAAUCUCUGACCCACGGGGACCAAUGUUUUAACAGGCUUCUUGCUUCCAUCAAUGUUGUUUUACCUCAUUUAGCUUAGUCUUUUCCCAUCCCUGACUAAGCCAUGUGCAAUGAAUAACUUUCUUAUGUCUCCA